UAUAUAUAUAUAUAUAUAUCAACAAUCAACAUAUAUACUUUAUAUUUACUAAACAAGAAACUAUACACGUGUUUCAAUAUGAAUGCAACCCAUUUGUCUGAUCCUAUUUUGAAUUCAAGAUUAGUUGUUUUUAGUAUCAUACCUUUCUUCCUAAUUGUGGGACUCGUUGGUAACAUAUUUGUGGUAUAUAUUUAUGCACGACAGUCCCAGAAAAGCAAUGUAGAAACAUUCAUCCUUGUAUUAGCUGUUAUUGAUCUCAUUGGAUGUAUCUUUGGAAUGCCUCUGGAAAUGGCUGAACUCUCCCUCGCAAUUCAUUCAAAAUAUUUGUGUAAAUUAUACAAGUUUGUUGUCUUCAUGUGUUCUGCCAUGUCGUCCUUGAUUUUGUUUACUAUUGCUGUUGAAAGAUUCAGAAAAGUAUGUUGUCCACAUGGCAAACAAAUUACUCCAAAACUACGGCAAACUCUUAUUAUUUUCAUAAUUGUAACAUCAGUUGCAUUGGUAUUGCCAGUUCUGAUUUACUUUGAAUAUGUUCCCUUUACCUAUGAAGAUAAGGUGUAUAUGAUAUGUUGCUGUGACCUUAGAAGGUCACCUGCCUGGUCAUACAUUCUAGCAGCAUUAAUUCUUCACAUUAUGCUAUUCUCAACCAUGACUGUACUUUAUUCGCUUGUUCAGAAGACUAUUACUCAGCAUUUCAAGAACAAGCAAAGUAAAGAAGCAGCUUUCAAACAAGACCAAUUUAGUCGCACAAACAUUGUACUUAUUUCAAUUUCUGUUUUGUUUUUUGUCAGUUUUUUACCAGUUCUUGUUUUUAUUGUCAUACAUCCAUACUUCAAAGAUUCUAACUUGUUGCAGAUUUUGAAAGUAGUUUUAUACCGUACUUGGAUACUAAAUUCAUCUUUAAAUCCCUUUGUGUAUGGGUUUUGUAACAAAAUAUUCCGCAAAAGUUUUGUAAAUAUAUUUACUCGGGAUAAAAUUGUCUUUGAAAUGGAGGAGAAAUUUUAAGAUUUGGUUUACACCACACUUUUUAAUAUCGAGGAAUACUUUCAAGUAGCAGAAACAUUUCCUUUGCUUACGAUUUCAUAGGAAAUGCACUAGAUUGAAAAUAACUCAAGGAUUGAGGUGUUUAAUGAAAUAAUUACUUUUUCCAUUUUUAUUUUAAUAUUUAGAAAAUUAUAUUUUCUUUCAUAAAAUUGGAAUGUUUCGAUAGAAAUGUGAACGUUUUAAAAUAUGCUGUUUGUAUCCUUAUCACAGAGUCAGUCUAAGGUAGGUAUGUAUCAGAAAGAUCAAUUUGAACACCCGAACACUUUCUCUAUAACAUAUUUAUACUAGUUUCUGUUGUUGUUUUACACUUUCUAUGGGAACAUAGCUGUUUAUGCAAGUUCUACUAUAAACUGA